AUGUCAGGUGCCGGAGAUGCCCGAGACGGCCGCAGCCCAUCCAUCGACAUUCUUGACCUCUUCGCUGGAGUUGGAGAUAGUGACGUCGAUUUUGAGCCUUCUGCCGAGGGCCAAAGUACCACAAACACCGACACCAGCGGCCUCCGCGACGAAGACCACAGCGAUGCCGACUAUCUUGAUGCAGAAGAAUCUCUAGGCGGUAUCGAGAUUGCGUAUGGAAAUGACGAUGGCAACGAUGAUGAUGACGAUGAUGGUGAUGCAGACGGCACUCCAGAUGCAGAACAAACUCUAGGUGGGAUUGAAAUCGUGUUUGGAGAUGGCGAUGACGACGAGAGUGAUCACACUGAAACCGAAAACCCCACGCGAGGCGGUACCCAGAUCACAUACGCCGAUUUGCGCGGCCUUCUACAACGAAAUAACCCCUUACGCCAGAUUCUCCUAUCACAAUACCGCAUUAUAACACCCUCAGGCCGCGCCCUGUUUGCCGAAGACGAUGACGAUGAAGAUCUUGGACACUACGCAAGACAGCGCAGGAGGAGGGCGGAGAAACCCAAGGGUGACCGAUGGCCCAAAGUACCCAACAAGAAUGGAACAACUCUGAUGAGCUCCGGCUUGUACGGUACCCAGGACGGCCAUGUCGACAUGCGGUACAAGAGAAGGAAAACACUGAGUGAACGUCUGAUGUGGAGGCGACUCGGAGUUGAGCCUCGCUCGAGCAUGCGCCGACAGAACAAUCUCAUCGCACAAGAGAUGAUUCCCAAUAACAGUACGGCCGACAGAAUCAUCCAUUAUGACAGUCGAGCGUAUUCCGGUCAAUUCUCCGAUGACGGAAAUUUCUUCUUCAGCUGUACGCAGAACUUCAAGGUGAGAAUGUAUGAUACGAGUAACCCGUACGAGUGGAAGUACUACAAGACCGUCGAUUAUCCCUUUGGCCAAUGGACCAUCACCGAUGCCACAUUAUCGCCGGACAACAAGUUCCUAGCCUAUUCCUCCAUUCGUCACGCCGUAUGCCUCGCCACUACCGACCCCACUGACACCAGUGACCAUACUAUCCUCGACUUUACCAACUUUGCGCCGGGCUCUAAUAUGGGAAGGCCUCCAGUCGGCUACAUGGGUCGUCAUGGCUUUGGUAUCUGGUCAUUACGUUUCAGUGGAGACGGUAGAGAAAUUGUAGCAGGCACAUCCGACCACAGUGUCGUGGUGUACGAUCUCGAGCGGCGGCAAUCCAUUGUCCGGCUCUCCAAUCACGAAGACGAUGUCAACGCGGUAUGCUACGGCGACAAACUCUCACCUCACAUUCUUUACUCUGGCAGUGACGAUCAGACGCUUCGUGUAUGGGAUCGAAGAUCGAUGGCGGAUGGCCGACCAGCUGGAAUCUUUGUCGGCCAUACCGAAGGCCUAACAUAUGUGGACUCCAAAGGCGACGGGCGAUAUGUGCUUUCCAACGGGAAAGAUCAAACGAUGAAACUGUGGGAUCUACGCAAGAUGAUCUCUCCCAAUGACUUCUCCAAGAUCAAUCUCCACCACUACACGACCAACUUCGACUACCGCUUCAGCCCGUAUGACGAGGACGACUAUGUCCCGAAUCCGAAAGAUUGCUCGGUCGUGACAUUCCGUGGGCACAGCGUACUCAAGACUCUGAUCCGAUGCCACUUCAGUCCUCCAACCUCCAGCAACUCACGAUACGUGUACAGCGGGUCUGAGGAUGGGAAGGUCUGGAUCUGGAAUCUCGAUGGUACAGUCAAAGGCACGAUCGAUGUGGGUACGGCCACGAAGAACACAAGACCCCGAACGGGUGGGCUGGGGGAUCAUUAUGGGUAUGAAAUGGGUGGUAGGAGCAGUUCGGCGUGGAAGACAUGUGUCAGAGACGCCAGCUGGAGUCCCACUGCGCCGGUCAUGGCAGGUAUGUGCUGUUUUAUUUUCUAUCAUGUUUCCGUUCAAGAUGGUGUACCAUCUCUUUGCGAUAUUGCGAAUGAACCUCUCAAGCUGACCCUUGAUGCUUUUCUAACAGCAACGUCCUGGAACGGAUGGGGCAUGGCAACCGGCACAGUGUCAGUGCACAGUUUCUCCGAUGGCAUGGACGACGACGAGGGUUUCCCACCCAUGUCGAGCAACUACAAUGCCCGUCUUGAUUUGAGGGAAGAUUUCAACCCGAGUGGCAAUGUGACCCGGAUGACGAGAGGCGUGGCGACGAGGUCGACUGGUGCUGCUGGUGUUGGUGGUGGUAUCCGGGAGCGAGUCCUUCGAAGUCGUGUUGUGCGCGCGGCACAGCAAGUGGAUGACCAUGACGACGACACAGAUUCGGAUGAUGACGAUGACGAUGAAAUGCGUGUCCCUGGUGCUUGGUGA